UGGAAUGCUGUUCUUCAUCCUCCCAUAUGCCUUGUAUAAAACUCGAUCAUGUACGGCAAGUUUUACAGGCAAAAACCACAAUAGUACUAAACUUUAUCAAUCCGCCCUCUCUUAGAAAUAGUAGUGGAGGCGAUUAUGGGUGGUUAUAAUAAGCUGCUUGUGCAAGUCAUAUGGGUAGGCGUAAUAUUAUCUAGAAUGGCAACUGCAGCACCAGCAACAGCAACAACUAAUGGAUCAGCCCUCCCUAACUGCCCCAACUGGUGUGGAGAUGUUGAAAUUCCAUAUCCAUUUGGUAUAGGUGAAGGUUGUUCCCUAAAUAAAAGCUUUUCUGUCGAUUGCACCAAAUCGUCGGACGGACUCCGACCAUGGAAGCAGGGCGUCGUUGUCCAACAGAUUUCCAUCCAAGGUCAGAUUGACAUCUUCAUGAACACUGUUGAGGUCUGUAACAACGGGUCGGGGCUCUCGACAAACUUGCAGUUUACCGUUCUGAGAACCGCCACCGAUACUUUUACCAUUUCUAACACCCAAAACGUGUUCGUUGCUGUUGGCUGCGAUACAUAUGCAUUCCUUGAUGGUAACCAGAACAAUGGAAACUUCUCCAUGGGCUGCAUGUCCAUUUGCCAAUAUCAAAGCAAUGUUUUGAAUGGGACUUGCUCGGGAAUUGGUUGUUGCCAGGUAGAGAUCCCGGAAAGAGUGAGCAAAAUGACUUUGCGAGUAUAUAGCUUCAAUAAUCACACAAAAGUAUUGAAAUUCAAUCCCUGCGGCUAUGCUUUCGUUGUUAAGAAACAACUGUUCAAUUUCUCCUCCGUUUAUCUUUCCAGUCUCCAGAAUAAUAGAACCAUUCCAAUGGUACUUGAUUGGACGAUCGGUAAUGAAAGGUGUAAGUAUGCUCAGCUCAAGACUGAUUACAUAUGUGGAGGGAACAGCACAUGUGAUGAUCCUGAAAACGGCUAUGGAUACCGUUGCCAGUGCAAUAAGGGUUACGAGGGCAACCCCUACCUCCCACUUGGUUGCAAAGAUAUUGAUGAGUGUAUUUCACUUGAGAAACCUUGCGCUGGCCGUAAUGCAAGAUGCAUCAACACUGAUGGAAGUUACACAUGUACCUGUCAACAUGGGUUCGAAGGAGAUGGACAGAUAGGUUGCAGAAAAAGGCAUUCUAAAAUUAUUCCUAUUGCACUCGGUGCUAGUACAUGCCUUGGGGUAUUAUUUCUACUUAUUGGUGGAUGGGGGUCAUACAAAGUGGUGAAGAAAAGGAAAAGGAUUCAACGUAGGCAGGAGUUCUUUAAACGAAAUGGCGGAUUGUUGUUACAACAGCAAAUAUCUCAAAGUGAAUUGAAUGUUGAGAACACGAAAUUAUUUAAUUCAAAGGACUUGGAGAGAGCCACUGACCAUUUUAAUGUUAAUAGAAUACUCGGUCAAGGAGGACAAGGCACUGUUUACAAAGGUAUGUUAGACGAUGGAAGAAUUGUUGCUGUGAAAAAGUCAAAGAUAACUAAUGAAGGAAAGCUUCGAGAAUUCAUUAAUGAAGUUGUUGUUCUUUCACGAAUUAAUCAUAGGAACAUUGUUAAACUACUAGGUUGUUGCUUGGAGACAGAAGUGCCUUUACUAGUGUAUGAAUUUGUUCCUAAUGGAACUCUCUCGAAAUAUCUAAGUGAUCAAAUUGAGGAGUUUCCACUAACAUGGGAUAUGCGCUUACGAAUUGCCACAGAAAUUGCAGGAGCUCUCUACUAUUUACACUCAGAAGCUUCAUUACCCAUUUACCAUCGAGACAUUAAGUCAACGAACAUUCUCUUAGAUGAUAAAUACAGGGCAAAAGUAGCAGAUUUUGGGACUUCAAGAUCCGUUGCUAUUGAUCAAACUCACUUGACUACACUAGUGCAUGGAACUUUUGGAUACUUGGAUCCGGAGUAUUUUCAAUCAAGUCAAUUUACAGAAAAGAGCGAUGUUUAUAGCUUUGGUGUUGUCCUUGUUGAGCUUUUAACCGGAGAAAAAGCUAUCUCUUUGACAAGGGCACCAGAAUCCAAAGGUUUAGCCUCGUAUUUUAUUUCCUCGAUGGAAGAAAACAAUUUGUUUGAUAUUCUUGAUAAACGAAUUCUGAUGGAAGCUGUAGAAGAAGAGCUUAUUGCAGUCGCAAACGUUGCAAAAAGGUGCUUGAGCUUGGAUGGAAAGAAACGACCUAUGAUGAAAGAAGUCUCAAUGGAGUUGGAGGCAGUAAAAAUAUCACAAAAAGCUUCAAGCCUUGAAAUGUGCAAAAGAGAUUAUAGGCCUACUGUGAAGGAGGUGGUGGUGAUGCUGGAUGGACUAAGAGGUAAAGGAAAGCAAACAAGGAAAGAAGCUAAUCUCAACACAGAAGAGACAGAGCAUUUGCUUAGUGCAUCCACACAGUACUCUUUAAACAUUGAUGUUGGUGUUGGCUAUUCUUCCACAAGUACCAUUUGAUAGUAUGGGAAAUCAAGCACUAAAACCAACAAAUGAUGUCAAAUAAUCCAUUAGUCCUUAAAAGCCUCAAUCAGCAAGUAUCUUCCUCCAAGUCAAUGGAUGAUGGUAUAUUUUCGCUCUCUUUGCAUCCAGUGUUUUAAGUUUUCUCCACAUAGAUCUUUUUGUAUGUUCAAAGUUUGCUCUUAAGAUCUGCUUUGCAUUAUUAAGAGCUUUUGUACGUACAUGUGAGCAAGUCCAGUACUAGUACUCAAUUAGGUGUCCGCAUUGAAAGUCGUCCUAAGUUCAACAUGUGUGUUCUAAAUUUUUAUUUGUGAAUUAUGGGUUGAUUUAUUGUAA